AUGUCAUGUUCGAAAAUAUUGUCAGGGGAUUUACCUGAACUAAUAUAUGAAAUCAUUGAAUAUUUUCAGAAUGAUUAUUCAACCUUACAUUCAUGUAUUUUAGUUAAUAAACUAUGGUGUCGUUUAGCAAUUCCAUUAUUAUGGGAAAAUCCAUUUUCAAUCACUACCGGAAAUUACAAUUUUAUUGAAAUUUACUUACAUUAUUUGAAUGAUGAUUUAAAAACAAAAUUAAAUGAAUAUAAAAUUAUUGAUUCUUUAUUAACUUCAAAUACACUUUUCAAUUAUCCUAGUUUUAUAAGAUAUUUAAAUACAAGUAAAAUUAACCCUUCUAUUGAGAUGUGGUUAAGAGCUAAUGAUGUAAACUUAAAUAUGGAUUUAGUAUUUGAAUUUAUAAAUUUCAUUAAUAUGUCAUUAAUUAAAUUAUUUAUUGAAAAUGAAGUAAAUUUACAUACCCUUGAACUUGAAACUUAUUAUAACACAUGUAUUGACAAUAUUCUUGAGAUAAUUUUACAAAAUCCAAAUUUCAUUAGUAAUAAUAUUAGAAAUUUAAAAUUAUCUAUUACAAGUUCUAGUGAUAGUGAUAAUACACUAAUUAAAAAUCGUGUAACACAAAUAAUUAAUUCAAAUCAAAAUCUCAAAAAAAUAUUAUUUGAACUUAAUACCCUUCCUUUAUAUCAAUCAUUAUUAUUAUCAAAAGAAUCUAAUUGUUCAAAUACCUUAAAUACAAUCAUUUUCCGUAAUAUCGAUUUUAAACGUAUAAAUAAUUUAGAUAAGAUAUUUGAACAAUUAAAUGUUUUAGAAUCUGUUCAUAUCAUUUUUUGUUAUUCUUUAGAUAUUUUUGUUCAGCAAAUUAUUAAAUUAACCAAACCAUUUAAAUUAAAAUCUUUAUUUUUAUUAAUGAGAUUGCAAAUUGAAUCAUUGCAAUUAUUAUUACAAAAAUCUGGUAAUUAUUUAGAAAAUUUUGGCGAUUGCUUGAAUUACAAUGAUUUAUCAUCGGAUCAACAAUUUCUUCAAUUAAUUAUAAAUUAUUGUAAAAAUAUCAGAUUUCUUAAUUUACAUAGUAGAAUUAAUAACAUUACUUCUUUAAUAUUCAGUUUAAUUGAAAAUAUUAAACAAAAUCUUAAUUAUCUUUCAAUCGAUUUAAGUAAUUAUGAAGAUAAUGAAUAUAGUAAUAUCAAGUCAAUAUUACAAAAUUUAGGACAAACACUUCCUUCUAAACUUGAAUAUUUAAGUUUGGUUCUUCGCAUCAAAGUAAAUGAUAUUGAAAUAUUAUUAAAAAAUUCUCAAGAUAAUUUCUUUAAUACAUUAGUAAUUAAAAAUACAAAUCAAGAAGAUGAUAAUUAUAUUGAUAUUUUACCUUAUAUAAAAGAAUAUGUUAUGAAGAAGAAAAGAGUUAAAUAUUUGGCUAUUAAGAAUACUUUAAUUCGGGGAUGUGUUAGGAGAAAAGUGGAUUUGUUUGAUUUAAAAGACGAAGUGAAGGAAUUUAAGUUACAUAAUAUUAAAGUACUUAGUUAUAAUAAGUUAUCUAUUGGUAUUUAUAGAUUUUUAAAUACAAUUGAUUAAUUAUUUAGUUGUUAUUUAAGAUAUUAGGUAGAAAUAUUUCUUAAAUUUUAUAACUUAUUCUAUAUUCAUUUAU